AUGUCAGACAAGUCGAAAAGUAAUUUUAGACGUUCAUUUGAAACGCCGAGAUCCCCCUCUCGAUCUACUAGAAGUCUUGAGCCUCCACGUCUUUCUGAGGGACCGAUGAUGACGUCAACAUCCCCACGAAGACGAAAUAAAACAAGUGCCAUAUUUCUGGAUAGAUACAUUCCAAAUAGGACCGGGGUCGAUCUCCAGGCAGCUUUCAGUCUCACCAAUCAAGACAUAUAUCCAGAUCUUCGCACGAGGACAAAUGGAACAGAUAAUGAUAUAGAUCUUCGGAAAGAAGAAGAGGCCAAUAAGACAUUUUCAACUAUUUUGAAGGCAGAAUUAUUUGGUGAUAAUGUCCCCAUGGCAGCUGCAAGUCUACAGAAUAGUUCUAGUGGGUCCAAAAUUAAUCAUAAUAAUAACAAUAAUGUCACCACAAACAACCCUUCGAACAACGGUAAUAAUAGUACUAGACUCCCUGGAAAUAGUGCUGGUGGGGGUAAUAGUCUGAGCAGUGCGAGUAGUAGUGGUAACUUGCAUACUGGAGGAAGUGGUAUUGGUGGUGCCGGAGGAUCAGGCAUAAAUAUAACCGGUGGGAUAGGAAGCAGAUCUACAGGAGAAUUACAUUCUAUACAUUCUACAGGAUCUACCCCGCCACGCUCAACCAGAAUAAAUCAAGCAGCUGUAGCGUCUGCAGCUGCCGCUGCCGCUGCAGCAGACUCUAAUAGUAUCACCAGUACUCCCAGACAAUCAACUAACUUGUUCACAUUCCAAUCACCCAGCAAAGGUAGACCCAUUUCUCGUGAUCUCCAAAGUGAAUUGUAUUCCCUAUCACCAGUACGUCAAGAUUCACAAAAAUUAUUACUUUCCCCACAAAAGAAACCUCGAAAUAUAUCUAAAGUACCAUAUCGAGUCUUGGAUGCUCCUGAGUUAUCGGAUGACUUUUAUCUUAAUCUUGUUGAUUGGGGGUCUCAAGAUAUCUUGGCAGUUGGGUUAGGGGAUAGUGUAUAUUUAUGGGAUGGGGCAACACAAUCUGUGGACAGAUUGUGUAAUUUAUCAAAUAAAGACAAGGUGACUAGUUUAAAUUGGAUAGGUUCUGGAACCCAUCUAGCUAUAGGUACACUGAAAGGUUUGGUGGAAAUAUGGGAUGCUACAAAGAUUAAAUGUGUGAGAACUAUGUCAGGACAUAAUCUUCGGGUGAGUUCAUUGGCAUGGAAUGAACAUAUACUAUCCAGUGGGUCAAGAGAUCGUUCGAUUUUGAACCGUGAUGUUCGGAUAGCUGACCAUUUUGUCAAUCGAUUUGAACAUCAUAAGCAAGAAGUUUGUGGAUUAAAAUGGAAUGUAGAAGAAAACAAAUUGGCAUCUGGUGGUAAUGAUAAUAAAUUAUAUAUUUGGGAUGGACUCAAUCCGGAACCAUUACAUCAAUUCACCGAUCAUACUGCUGCAGUGAAGGCAAUUGCUUGGUCCCCACAUCAAAGAGGCAUCCUUGCAUCGGGAGGUGGAACUGCCGAUAAAACCAUCAAGACUUGGAAUACAUUGACCGGGAACCUUCUACAUAAUGUGAAUACAGGCUCACAGGUGUGUAACUUGGCAUGGUCCAAGAAUUCUAAUGAACUUGUUUCCACACAUGGAUAUUCUAGAAAUCAAGUGGUUGUAUGGAAAUAUCCUUCAAUGCAGCAAAUUGCACUGUUAACAGGACAUACAUAUCGAGUGUUGUACUUGUCAUUGUCACCAGAUGGUGAAACUAUUGUCACUGGAGCUGGAGAUGAAACAUUACGAUUUUGGAAUGUUUUUGAAAAAAAUAGAAAUGAUGAGCCACCUGCUUCGGUGCUAUUGGAUGCAUUUCUGCAAUUACGAUAA